AUGACCGAGGACGAGCUGUCCGCCCUGGUGGUGGACAACGGGUCGGGGGUGUGCAAGGCCGGCUUUGGCGGGGACGACGCCCCCCGGGCCGUGUUCCCCUCCAUGGUGGGGCGACCGCGGCACCAGGGCGUCAUGGUGGGCAUGGGCCAGAAGGACUGCUACGUGGGGGACGAGGCGCAGAGCAAGCGCGGCGUCCUGACGCUGCGGUACCCCAUCGAGCACGGCGUGGUCACCAACUGGGACGACAUGGAGAAGAUCUGGCACCACACCUUCUACAACGAGCUCCGCGUGGCGCCCGACGAGCACCCCAUCCUCCUCACCGAGGCCCCCCUGAACCCCAAGAUCAACCGGGAGAGGAUGACUCAGAUCAUGUUCGAGGCCUUCAACACGCCGGCCAUGUACGUGGCCAUCCAGGCCGUGCUGUCCCUGUACGCCUCCGGCCGCACCACGGGCAUCGUGAUGGACUCCGGGGACGGGGUCACCCACACGGUGCCCAUCUACGAGGGCUACGCCCUGCCCCACGCCAUCCUGCGCCUGGACCUGGCCGGCCGCGACCUGACCGACUACCUCGUGAAGAUCCUCACGGAGCGCGGCUACAGCUUCACCACCACGGCCGAGCGGGAGAUCGCGCGCGACGUCAAGGAGAAGCUGUGCUACGUCGCCCUGGACUUCGAGCAGGAGAUGGCCGCGGCGGCCGCGUCCUCCUCCUCGCUGGAAAGGAGCUACGAGCUGCCGGACGGGCAGGUGAUCACCAUCGGCAACGAGCGCUUCCGCUGCCCGGAGGCCGUCUUCCAGCCCUGCUUCCUGGGCCUGGAGUCCCGGGGCAUCCACGAGGCGGCCUUCAACUCCAUCAUGAAGUGCGACGUGGACAUCCGCAAGGACCUCUACGCCAACACCGUGCUGUCGGGGGGCAGCACCAUGUUCCCGGGCAUCGCCGACCGCAUGCAGAGGGAGGUGGCGGCCCUGGCGCCCGGCAGCAUGAAGAUCAAGAUCAUCGCGCCCCCGGAGCGCAAGUACUCCGUGUGGAUCGGCGGCUCCAUCCUGGCCUCGCUGUCCACCUUCCAGCAGAUGUGGAUCAGCAAGCAGGAGUACGACGAGGCCGGCCCGCCCAUCGUCCACCGCAAAUGCUUCUGAAGGAGCCUCCCCACAGUGGGUGCGU